AUGGGCCAAUGCUGCACAAACGGAGCCGGGCAGGCUGCCGCUGCCGACGCGGCGGCCGAGGCAGAGCCGCCGGCGCCCCCAAAGACGCCGCGCGGGGACAACGCACCGACCAACGAUGGCCCGGCUCCUGCUCCUGGCGCCGCCGAGGCCGAGCCCGCCUCUGCGGCAACCAAGGCGGACCCCAAUGCCAAGCCGCCGGGCCCCGUGGGCGAGGUGCUCGGGCGGCCCAUAGAGGACGUGCGCGCGACCUACACCAUCGGCGAGGAGCUCGGGCGCGGCCAGUUUGGCGUGACCUACCUGUGCACCCACACGGAGACGGGGGAGAAGCUGGCGUGCAAGACGAUCGCGAAGCGGAAGCUGUCGGGCGCGGAGGACGUGGAGGACGUCCGGCGCGAGGUGGAGAUCAUGCGCCACCUCUCCGGCCAGCCCAACAUCGUGGACCUCCGCGGCGCCUACGAGGACAAGCACAACGUGCACCUGGUGAUGGAGCUGUGCGCCGGCGGGGAGCUCUUCGACCGGAUCAUCGCCAAGGGGCACUACACGGAGCGCGCCGCCGCCUCGCUGCUCCGGUCCGUGGUCGGGACCGUGCACACCUUCCACUCCAUGGGGGUGAUGCACCGGGACCUCAAGCCGGAGAACUUCCUGAUGCUCAACCGGGACGAGUCGUCGCCCAUCAAGGCCACCGACUUCGGCCUCUCCGUCUUCUUCAAGGAAGGCGAGGUGUUCAAGGACAUCGUCGGCAGCGCCUACUACAUCGCCCCGGAGGUGCUCAAGCGCAAGUACGGCCACGAGGCCGACGUCUGGAGCAUGGGCGUCAUGCUCUACAUCUUCCUCUCCGGCGUCCCUCCCUUCUGGGCGGAGAAUGAGAACGCCAUCUUCACCGCCAUUCUGCGCGGUGAGGUCGACUUCGUCAGCGAGCCGUGGCCCAACAUCUCCCCCGGAGCCAAGGAUCUUGUCAGGAAGAUGCUCCAUAUCAACCCCAAGGACAGGCUUACGGCCACCCAAGUCCUCAACCACCCAUGGAUCAAGGAAGACGGAGACGCCCCCGACACGCCGCUCGACAACGUCGUUCUGGACAGGAUGAAGCAGUUCGUGGCCAUGAACCAGUUCAAGAAAGCCGCACUGAGAGUCAUUGCCGGGUGCCUGUCAGAGGAGGAGAUCAAGGGGCUCAAGGAGAUGUUCAAGAGCAUCGACAAGGACAACAGCGGCACCAUCACCCUCGAAGAGCUCAAGAACGGGCUGGCCAAGCAGGGCAACAAGUUUUCGGACCAUGAAAUUCAGCAACUGAUGGAAGCAGCCGAUGCCGACGGCAAUGGAUUGAUCGACUACGAGGAGUUCGUCACCGCGACGGUGCACAUGAACAGAAUGGACAGGGAAGAGCACCUCUACACCGCGUUCCAAUACUUCGACAAGGACAACAGUGGGUACAUCACAAAAGAAGAGCUGGAGCAGGCCUUACAAGAGCAGAAGUUGUUCGACGCCGAGGAAUUCAAGGAUGUCAUUGCCGAAGCCGAUUCCGACAACGAUGGGAGGAUAGACUAUUCAGAGUUCGUGGCGAUGAUGAGGAAAGGAACGGGCGGUGCGGAGCCAUCGAACCCGAAGAAGAGGCGAGACCUAGUCCUAUAG